GGCUCUCCACGGCACACAAGAUGAAGGUCUUCAGAAGCUUAAUAAAGUCUGCGAAUGCCUUGAGAAAGUAAUUGAGAAAACCCAGCCUUCUGGACAACAACUUCUAAAUGAACAGUCGAGCCAGUUGAAACGUGAUUGGGAUCAGUUAAAUAAACAGCUUAAUUUGUGUAGUACCACCCUCGAGGGGAUGUCCAAUAAAUGGAACAGCUUCGAGCAGAGUUAUGGCACAUUUGUGAAAUGGUUAGCUGAUGUGGAAAACUUGGUUGCCAUGGAAAUGGACCCAAAAGCUGAGUUGGUUGAAAAGCAAACCCAGUUAGAGAGAUAUA